CUCCUUGUCGUAACGUAAAAAAUUUCGGAAAAGGAAAACCAUAUUCAAAAUUUCUUCCAAUCCCAACGGUCGAAUCGUCUGUCCUAAACCAGAAUCACAACCGUACAAUCCCCAAAGUUGCUCGACAUUUAAACACUUCUGUCUGGCUUGUCUUUCUCUCUUUCGAAACCCCAGUCACAACUGGCAAAGAGUUAAAAAAAGAAUACUUGCGUUUUUUUUUAGAGAGAAGAACCAGAUUCUGAAAACUCUGACACAACACUUCUAUUAUAUGUUAUAAAGAGAGAGAGAGAGAUCUGAAGAAGGUUUGAUUUUUGAAUCUGAUUGUGAUCGUUGCUAUAGUGUAUUUAUUUUUUCUUUGUUUGGUUCUGCUGUUGUUAAAAGCUUGAAUACUUUAGAAAAACUGAGUCUUUCAUUUUUUUUUUUUGGGUUUUCAAACUUGAGCUGGUGUUUGUCUUCAUAAUUUAAGGCCUUUGAUUAAUAAACAAAAAAUGGGUUCUGGGUAUUUCAAACCUCAUUGUUGAUUUUGGAAGUAUCACUGCACUGCAGGUUUCCAAUUUAGAGUAAAGAAAGAGUUUUUUUUUUUUCUUUUUGAAAGCUGUGGUUUGUUGCUGAUUCUUGGAAAAGCAUUAUCUGGGUUGGAAUUAAGAGAGAAAGAGAAAAGAGAAGUUUGAGGCUUAAGCUACAGUGGGUUGCUUGCUGGAGAAAAAUGGACAAGUUUUGGAGUACCUGAGUCUUAAAGCCUUACACAGAACAACAGUGGGGACUACUUGGUGGCUGUCAAUGGUAGAGUGCUGUGAAUUUCAAGGAAAGUCAAAGCAAUUGGAGGUUUGGGUUUCCAUGAAUUUCACUUGAUACAGCUCUAGUGAUCAUUUUGAUCAAAAUUCGUAUCUGAAUCAUGGGAGAAGGUACUGAAAAUGGGGUUUUGGUUGAUACUCGGUCCGCUGAGGAAUGGUUAUGGCAUGCACAAGAGCUUGUUCCCAUGGCACUUGAUAAGGCAAGGGAGGUGAAGGGGUUCCCUGGUAGGUGGAAGAUGAUAAUUUCCAAAUUGGAGCAGAUCCCUUCAUGCUUAUCAGACUUGUCGAGCCAUCCUUUCUUUUCCAAAAAUGCUCUUUGUAAGGAGCAAUUGCAGGCUGUGUCAAAGACAUUGAAGGAAGCAGUUGAACUGGCAGAUUUAUGUCUAAAGGAGAAGUAUGAGGGGAAGCUUAAGAUGCAAAGUGAUCUCGAUGGAUUAUCAGGGAAAUUGGAUCUGAAUUUACGGGAUUGUGGACUACUGAUCAAGACCGGUGUACUUGGUGAAGCGACUUUGCCUUUAUCUGUUGUUGGCUCUUCAUCAGAAUCAGAGACUGCAACACAUGGCCAUCUAAAGGAAUUGCUUGCACGGCUUCAGAUUGGGCACUUGGAAGCAAAGCACAAAGCUCUUGACAACCUAGUUGAGGUCAUGAAGGAGGAUGAAAAGAGUGUAUUGUCUGUUAUGGGACGGAGUAACAUUGCUGCUUUAGUCCAGUUGUUGACAGCGACCUCUCCUCGUAUCCGAGAGAAGACUGUGACUGUAAUCUGCUCACUUGCAGAAUCUGGGAAUUGUGAGAGCUGGCUUGUUUCAGAAGGUGUUUUGCCACCUCUCAUAAGGCUUGUUGAAUCUGGCAGCACAGUUGGUAAAGAGAAGGCAACGAUUUCACUGCAGAGAUUAUCAAUGACUGUAGAAACAGCCCGAGCACUUGUCGGACAUGGUGGGGUUCGACCACUAAUUGAAAUCUGCCAGAUUGGAGACUCUGUUUCACAGGCUGCAGCUGCUAGUACAUUAAAAAAUAUAUCAGCUGUUCCUGAGGUUCGACAAAUACUAGCAGAGGAAGGAAUAAUAAAGGUCAUGAUCAAUCUCCUUGAUUGUGGAAUUCUGUUGGGUUCCAAAGAAUAUGCUGCAGAGUGCUUGCAGAAUCUCACAGCCAGCAAUGAGAAUCUUAGAAGGUCCGUUAUCUCAGAAGGUGGAAUUCGAAGUCUAUUGGUAUACCUUGAUGGUCCUUUGCCCCAAGAAUCUGCAGUUGGAGCCUUGAGGAAUUUGGUUGGCUCAGUUUCUAUGGAAGUUCUGGUGUCACUUGGUUUCCUCCCUCGAUUAUUUCAUGUGCUUAAAUCUGGAUCGCUGGGUGCACAACAACAUGCCGCAUCAGCUAUCUGUCGAGUUAGCAGUUCGAGUGAAAUGAAAAAACUGGUUGGUGAAGCUGGGUGCAUUGCUCUUCUUAUUAGAAUGCUUGAGGCUAAAUCAAACAGUGCUAGAGAGGUAGCUGCUCAAGCCCUUUCAAGCUUGGUAGCUGUGUCUCAAAAUUGCAGAGAAGUCAAAAAGGAUGACAAAAGUGUGCCAAAUCUGGUCCAGUUGCUUGAUCCAAGCCCCCAAAAUACUGCAAAGAAGUAUGCAGUUUCCUGCCUCUCAUCUCUCUCGUCAAGUAAGAAAUGCAAGAAGCUUAUGAUCUCAUAUGGAGCAAUUGGGUAUCUCAAGAAGCUUUCAGAGAUGGACAUCCCUGGUGCCAAGAAGCUACUAGAGAAGUUGGAAAGAGGAAAGCUUAGAAGUUUGUUCAGCCGGAAGUGAGAGAAUAAAUGAAACUCCCUCCUUUUUUCCUAGCUCUUCCUUACAUAUGACCUAUGUUUCAUUGUCUGUAUGAAACCCAUGUGCUUAAGCUCUCCUAGCGCUAUCAAUCAAUGUUUUAAAAUUUAUCAAUCAAUGUUUUAAAAUUUAUUCCAAGAUAACUAUAAGAUUCCCCCGUGUUUAUGUUUCAUCUAUCUCUCGGAUCUUUGUAGUUUUAAAUUUCGCUUUCUUUUUUGCUUUGGGGAUCAUAUGACUACGAUUUUCCCCAGUUUAGUUAAACAUGCUUGAGGCCGUAGGGGAUUUCUGCAGGAAAUCGGUGUUCCUAUUACUCUGUUGAACAUUUAAUGCUGGAAAAUUUUCUAUUAGACAGCAGCCCUGUCUACAAAUGGUCCUAAGAGAAAGGGCAAAAACUUUGAGGAUUGAAAGAGUAGCAUAAACGUAAUUGAAGAUAUGGUUUAUUAUAAGGAGCAGUUAAAGCACCUGAAAGUUCCAAACCCCACCACUUAGGGAGUUUGGGUGUAUGCAUCUGUCAGAAUCAAAGCCAUCAAAUGAAUGUGCUUCAACAUGGUAUGCCAGUGCAAAACCCACCUGCAUUUUUUGGGAGAUAACAGCAACCCCAUAACUACUACUCUACAACCUUCUUUUUUUUUUUAUAACCCUUCACUUUUACUUCUUUUCCAAACGAAUUGAAAAAAAAAAAAACCAUCUCCAAUUGUUUCCAUAAAUCACCCUUAAAUGCUACGUGAAAACCGACUGAAAAAUGAUUUUCAAUUGAAUAGAAGUAAAGUGAUGUUUACCAGAAUAUCGAUUACAUAAAGAAUGACGAAUCAAUUUUUCAAAGUUACAUGUUUGAAUAGGAUUGCUUGUCUACUCAAACAAGCAUUUGGACCCCCGGAGCAAAGACAACGAUUUCAACUAUCUAGGAUGUGGAUAAGGCCAUAACACAGGCACUG